AUUACAAAGUGAAGAUGUGCAAAAUGAUCUUCAUUUCUUCAAAGAAAAUUGAUGACCUUCAUGAAAUAUGCAUAUUCGCAUUAUUUCGUUAUCAUUUCCAUAUUUGUACCAAUAGAAUUUCUAUGACACAUACAUAUGUAUGUAUAUUAUUUCUUUGGCACAUUUGUAUGUUUACGAAAGCAAAUGCGAGCCACAUACAUAUGCAUGUACAUAUGUACAUUCAUAAUAACAAGUGUCACACGCAUCUUUCGCAUCUCCGUUGUCACGGUCUACCAAUAGCCGAAACUGACGCUUUGUCAAAGAGUCAAGUGCUGAACACAUUAAGCGCGACAGACUGUUAUGUCAAAUAUUAAAAUACACACGUUAUUAUGGACACAGUUAUUUUGUUGUAAAGCUGCCUGAAUAACUGUGUCCCUAAGAACGUGUGUAUUCUAAUAUUUGACAGAUGUCGUUUGCAGUCUGUCGCACUCAUUGUGUUCAGCACUUGUGUGAUGAUAGAAACUCCAAGCUGUGCCGAAAAAAAUAAACGAAUGGCCGCCGAUUGUCACCGCUUCCCUUGCCGCUGUAACAGCUUUGCCAUCCAACGUGCGUAAAUAUGUAUGCAUAUGUAUGAGCUUGCAUACAUAUCGACGCAGAUUUUUGCGUGUCACGGAAAAAUAUUUUAGACAAAUAUUAUAAAUCGACAUCUCCUAUGUUGCCACUUUUGUCACUUCUUUCUGUGAAGAAGCAUCAGAAAGAUGUUCAAUUUAUGAUUUUUAGCUUUUGCCAUCGUCGCGAAAAGACGCUUGUUGGCAAAGGCCUGCUCGGGGAGAUGUAAUGGUGUCUACUUUUAUGAAUGAAGCGAGUUUGCCUGUUGAAAGUGCGCUUGCGUUCAUGAAUGAAAAUAUUGUUGUUGCGUAUUUUUUUACAAAUUUGGGCAUCGACUAUUUGGCUGCCAUAUUGACUUCUGACGAUGCUGAUGCUAAUAGAGACGAUUGUUGUUGUUGUAGAACAAUAUUUGUACUUUUUGCGGGUGACAUAUCUACAUGUGAACGCAUAUAAGUAUGUAUGUUGUGUAUACAUUAUUUGUGUGGGAAUGUCAUACACACAUAUUUACAUAUUUAUGCAUAUAAGUAUGUAUGAUGCUAUUUGAACGAUUCUUGUUUUUGUAGAACAAUAUUUAUACUUUUUGCGGGUGACAUAUUUACAUGUGUACACAUAUUUGUAUGUUGGUUGUGUAUACAUACAUGUGUGUACGUAAAUAUAGAGAAGCGCGCGCUUUUCUAUAUUACUGAUAAAUGAUAAUAUCUUGAUUUGAAAUUGAUUUGUACUUGCAUACAUACCUGCAGAAUAGAUGCGUAUGAAAGUUUUAAAUGAUAAGAGGUGUGAUUUACAUAUAUUAUUAUUGUAAUAUAUUAUGUUUUUAGGAUAUAACGAUAAUAUAUCACAUAUAUAGCAUAUAUACAUGAAUAUGAAAUUAUAUUAUAUUAUCAAAAAUAAGAAACAUUUAAAAAUUCACUGUUAUUCAGACAUUAACUACAAAUAUGACCUUGAAAUAGCAUAAUUUCAUUACAAUAUUAUCAAUUUUGCAUGAAUUCACAAAAAUUCGCAAAAUGAUAUUCAUAUCAAUUGAUAUGAUUGCAUGUAAACGUAUAAAAAUAUAAGCAAAAGAUCAACACACAUACGUCUGUAAUAGCAAUGUAUAUUUCUGAGCAUAAUUUUCAUUGAAUGCUCAGCUCUGUUCGCUCAGCACUGUUAACCUUUCCCCUUCUCAGCCAAAAGUGGUGAAAUCCACUAAUAGGAUUUUGUUAGCUCUUGACAGUUCACACGCUUGUCCGCAAUUGGACCUUCUCUAUAUUAUACGUUCUCUGCCAAAUGAUUACUCUCGUUCAAGGCAACAAAACGGUGGAACAAUUCUAUCAAGCCGUGUAUGAACAUUUGUCACUUAUUUUUAAUAAAAUUUCGUGUAUGGAAAUCGGAAGUGAAUCCAUGAACGUCCUAAUAGGCACAUACCGCAAUAAGGCUUUAGAUACUUUUAUUAGAGGACUUAAAGGCGACCUACCACGAUUAUUGGGAAUGAAAGAACCAGUAGACCUACCACAGGCUUUAUAUCUAUGUACAAAAUCACAGAAUCAAAACUUUAGGGCUCAGUUAAGCCACAAAGUCCAGCGGGCACCCUCGUAAUCAUUUCUGUUCUUCACUAACACCUAACAGCAUCGCCAACACUUGCAAAGCAAGAGUAAGUUGAUUGCUGGGAGAGCGAUUUGUCUGUAUGACAACGUAGAGCCAACAAGUAACUUUAUUCUUACUGCCCUAUUCUCAUGCCCUCACAAAAGUCACCAACCUCACUACAGUGAUGUUUCUCACUCACUAUUUGUAAAAAGUGGCAAAAUCCCAUGUAAUUUCCAUGGUAAAUGUAUCGUGUUUGGGGCAAGGUUUAUUAUGAAAAUUAAGGGCUUUUUAUGGUCUGAUAUUUUUUUUUAGAUGGAAAACUAAAAGUUUAGGGGGCGUCUCGUCAAAAAUAAUCAAUUCGGUAAAUAACGGACACCCUAAUAUAUACAUAUGUAUAUGUAAGUUACUUUCUGUCUCUGUAUAUUUUACUUCCUCUAAAAAAUAUUCUCUAUAUCGAAUUUUCUUAAGAACAAAAUACGUUUUUAUAACAUCACUAUGUAAUUUUUUCCCUAUAAGUCGAAUUUCUGUUACCCGAAUAUUUCUAAAACACGAACUAAAAUGUCACAGAAACUGCAGCGGUAACCAAGCGUAGCUCGAAUUUUUCGGGGAAACACCUACCGCAAUUUCGGGGAAUUACCGAGCUGCGAGUCGGCGACAGAUAACGACUUGUAUUUUAAAUUUCUUAGCACUUACAUAAGAUUGUAUCAGUUGUUGUUAGAACGGUGGUGAAAAUUGUCAAUUUUUGUAGUGAUAUUGGACUAAAAUGACAUCAAAACGAAGUGUAAAGUGUUUAACGCUUAAGGAAAAGUUAAAGCUAAUUGCCGAGGUAGAAAAGGGCGAAAACAAAAAGAAAACAUUGCACAAAUAUUUGGGAUUCCUCCUAAUACGUUAUCAACCAUUUUGAAAAACAAAGACAAACUCUUAGAACAAAAAGGUGACUAUAAUUUUAACUCCAAACGAAAAAGAAUUACAACUUGCGUCAAUAAUGAUGUUGAUCAAGCUAUGCUUAAGUGGGUUACUACCGCACGUGAGAAAAAUCUUCCUCUCUCGGCAACCUUAAUCAGAGGAAAAGCUAAAGAAUUUGCGAUUGCUUUGGGUCGCGAAAAUUUUUCUGCUAGUGUAGGGUAGUUAGAUAAAUUUAAAAAAAGGCAUAAUAUCGCACAAAUGUCGAUUUGUGGAGAAAGUGCUUCAGCCGAUUUACAGUCUAGUGAAGAUUGGAAACAAAAACGUUUAUCCAGAUUUAAUCACACAAUGCCACGAAAACGAUAUUUUUAAUGCAGAUGAAACGGGCAUUUUUUUUAAAUGUUUACCCAAUAAAACAUUAGCCUUUAAAGGUCAAAAAUGCUUUGGUGGCAAAAACAGCAAGGAGAGAAUUACCGUUAUGGUUGCAAACAAUAUGAGUGGUUCAGAAAAGUUGAAAUUGCUAGUUAUCGGCAAGGCAAAAAACCCACGUUGUUUUAAGGGUAUAAAAUCACUUGAUGUGGACUAUGAGUACAACAAAAAAGCGUGGAUGACAAGUUAAAUUUAUGAUAAGUGGCUCAAAAGUCUAGAGAAAGUCUUUGUUGCCCAAAAUAGGUAAAUACUACUGUUCGUUGACAAUUGUCCGGCACAUCCUAAAAAUGUACAAGCAAACUUAAAAAACAUUAAACUGCAAUAUUUUCCUCCUAAUUUGACGUCUGUUCUACAACCAAUGGACCAAGGGAUUAUUCAAAAUCUCAAGCAACAUUAUAGGAAACGAAUUGUGAUGAAAGUUUUGGCCCAUAUGGAAGAACCAACUCCUACGACAGUGUCCUUACUUGAUGCAAUCAGGGAUCUAAACAAAACCUGGAAUUUGGGUGUAAAACCACAAACAAUCAGCAAUUGUUUUAGAAAGGCUGGUUUUGCUAAAGUUGAGUUAAUGCAGAAUGCUACUACGGAUGACUGGGAUGAAGAAGACGAUCUUCCAUUGUCUGAAUUGAAACAAAUUUGGACCACAUAUCGAACGGCAAUGGGAACCGAUAAUGUGUCUUUUGAUGAUUACGUCGAUACUGACGAUGGUGUGCAAACAAUGGGAUUCCCAACAGAUGAAGACAUUUUAGAUAGCGUCAUGGAAAAUCUAGUUCCUUCUGGCAAAGACUUAGAGGAGGAAGUCUCUAGUGAAAGCGAGGUUGAAACAACAACUGAAACUAUACCCACAUUUAAUCAAGCGUAUUCUGCUAUCCAGACCCUAAGAAAUUUUACUUCGUCAAAAGAAAAUGUUCCCAUGCGUCAAUAAAUGUAGUGGAACAUUUUAUAGAGAAAGAGAAAUGGUCCGUAUUUAAACAAAAAAAAAAUUACCAACUUUUUCCAAUAAGAAUUUAUAUACAUUUAUAUAUAUACUACAUAUGUAUUACAAACUGUCUUUUUAAAUAAACAUGUACAUACAUACAUAUGUAAAUAAAUUUGAACUCAACUUACUGCCCUAUUCUCAUGCCCUCACAAAAGUCACCAACCUCACUACAGUGAUGUUUUUCACUGUAGUGAGGGUUACCUUAUUCUGGCGAAAAUUCAAAAGCUCAAAUGCUCACUAUUCUCACAAAUAUAUGUGACGUGUGAAAGCAGCCAUCAUAAUAGAAAACAUCAGUGUUUAUUUUGUUUUAAAUCGAUAUUUCACAUUUUAUUUGAGCAUGGAGGAACUGUUCUUUGUAUAUGCAGAAGUCGAAUAUAUCUGUUUUCUGCGUUUCCUGGCGUGUUUGUAUUUUUACGGGCAUGGCUCUUAGCAAAAAUGCGUUGGUAAUAGUUAUAUGCUCUAUAUGAGCCAAUCCUCUGUAAAAAUAAAUAUAUGCAUAUAGUUACUAGCUGUUACCCUGUGUGCCUCGCUACACCUAAAUCGAUUAAAACUCUUAAGGGUUUUUACUCUGUGUUUUAUUUAUUGUUGUAAAACUGUUACUUAUUUAUAAAAUAUAUUGGUAUACAACAUUUUUGGUUUUCCACCUGGCGCGUAAAUGAAUAAGCACCUUGGUGUUCCCACUCUCGAGCAUGCGACGAACAAUUGGCCGUGGGAGAAGCACGGUUCUUUCAAAUUGACGCCGCACACUUGAAACGUUUGCCCUUGCGAUUUGCUGAUGGUCAUCGCAAAGGCAAGACGUACUGGGAACUGCAAGCGCUUAAAUUCAAACGGCAUGUCCGUUGGAAUCAUGGGAAUGCGUGGUAAGAGUACGACAUCACCUGCUGCCUUGCCAUUUAGUAUUGUUGCUUCAAUCAAAUUUGGCCACAAUUUUUUGACUGAAAGCCUUGUGCAUUACACAAAG